AUGGCGCCCAGUUUCGAUACCCUGUCCGAGCAGGACCUCCACGAAGAGGAGGAGGUGGAUGUUGACUUCUCGGAUCUCAAGGAACAGUACGAAGUCAAGCUCGAAGAAGGUUUAGAUACAUUUGUCGUCAUCGAUGGACUCCCAGUCGUGCCCGAAGAGAGCAGACAGAAGCUCAUCAAGUUCUUGUUGAGAAAACUCACCACCGCCGGCCACACCUCCGAAGAUGCCGUCUUCAUGCCCAUUAACGACAAGAACAUGUCCGAAGGCUUCGCCUUCGUCGAGUACGAAACCCCCGAACAAGCCGUCGCCGCCGUCAAGCAGCUGCACGGUGUCCCCCUUGACAAGAAGCACACCCUGGCCGUGAAUAAGUUGAUGGACAUUGAACGCUAUGGACGUGAAGGACGCAUUGAGGAGGAAUACACCCCUCCCACCAUCGAACCGUUCAAGGAGAAGGAACACCUGCGCUCGUGGUUGGGAGACGCCAAUGCGCGUGACCAGUUCGCCCUGUACCGGGGUGACAAGGUCGGUGUGUUUUGGAACAACAAGAACAACCCACCGGAGAACGUCGUCGACCGCGCCCACUGGACACAACUGUUUGUUCAGUGGUCUCCGAAGGGUACCUAUCUCGCCUCCGUCCACCCCCAGGGUGUGCAACUCUGGGGUGGUCAAACUUUCACAAAACAGAAGCAGUUCCCCCACCCAUUUGUCCAGCUUGUUGAAUUCUCCCCCGGUGAGAGCUACUUGACCACCUGGUCCGCCCGCCCCAUCCAGGUCGAAGAGGGUAGCAACGGCCCCCUGUCUUACGAGGAGGAUGGAAAGAACAUCAUCAUUUGGGAUAUCGUCUCCGGCAAGCCCUUGCGAUCCUUCGUUUCUCACGACCUUACCGCUGGCCCCGGCCCCGAGGGCGACGCUCAGCCCAAGAAGAAGGUGCAGUGGCCCGCUUUCAAGUGGUCUGCUGAUGAGAAGUACGUGGCAAGAAUGUUGCAGGGCCAGUCGAUCUCCAUCUACGAAGCGCCCCGGAUGAACUUACUGGGUAAGACAUCCGUCAAGGUCGAUGGUGUCAUGGACUUUGAAUGGUCUCCCGCCACCGUCAGCCGUGAGGGUAUCAAGCAAUAUGAGCAGCUUCUCUGCUUCUGGACUCCUGAAAUCGGCAGCAACCCCGCCAGAGUCGGCAUGAUGAGCGUUCCGUCCAAGGAGAUUGUCCGAACCCGUAACCUCUUCAACGUUUCCGAUGUCAAGCUGCACUGGCAAUCCCAAGGUGCCUACGUCUGUGUUAAGGUUGACAGACACUCCAAGUCCAAGAAGUCCAUGGCCACCAACCUCGAGAUUUUCCGUGUUCGCGAAAAGGGUGUUCCCGUCGAAGUUGUUGACAGUCUCAAGGAUACCGUUAUCAACUUCUCUUGGGAGCCCAACGGUGGCCGUUUCGUCGUCAUCACCACGGGUGAGGCUGCCGCCGGCGCGGCCGUUGCUCCCAAGACCUCUGUGUCUUUCUUCGCUCCUGAGAAGAAGGGCCCCUCGGUUGGCAACUUCAAGCUGGUUCGCACCAUCGAGAAGAAGACAAGCAAUGCGAUCUACUGGUCGCCCAAGGGCCGUUUCGUUGUCGUUGGUACCGUCCACUCCCAAACGAGCUUCGACAUGGACUUCUGGGACAUGGACUUCGAGGGUGAGAAGCCUGAGGGCGAGAAGGAUCUGGCAGCCAACCUUCAAUUACUGAAGACAGUUGAGCACUACGGUGUCACAGAUAUCGACUGGGACCCUACAGGUCGUUAUGUUGUCAGCAGUGCCAGUGUGUGGACUCACUCGAUGGAAAACGGCUGGAACCUUCACACUUUCUCCGGUACUACCCUUGCCGAAAACCCCACCGACAAGUUCAAGCAGUUCCUCUGGCGUCCCCGCCCCGCCACCCUUCUCAGCAAGGAGGAGCAAAAGCAGGUCCGCAAGAACUUGCGUGAGUACUCCAAGGAGUUCGACGAGGAGGACAAGUACGCCGUCGACAUUGCCAACACAGCUGUCGUCGAGACACGCAAGCGUGUCCUCAACGAAUGGAUCGCCUGGCUCGUUCGCGAGAAGGAGCUCCUGGCCGAGGACAAGGACGCUUUUGGUGUCCCCGAGGACGUCGACGAGCCCAAGCAAGCCAAGGAUGCACAACCAGGUACCGAGGAACAAGGCGACACAGUCGUCGAGGAGAUUGUGGAGGAGAUUAUCGAGGAGAACGAAGAAAUCGUCGGUUAA